CUCUGUUUUUCGCGGCAAACUGCUCCUGGGGUUUGUUAUUCACUCUGAAUGUGCUGUAAUAUUUAUAAGAAGCAGCAUUUGUAAGUGGUUUUAUUAAAACCACUGGGAGCACGCUGUUGGUGCUGUCGUUGCUGUUAUGUAGUUGUAAAUCGACGUAAUAUUAGAUUUUGUCUUAUACUUUGUUUUGAGUGGAGCCUGGAGAGAUGUCUGUGGUAACUGCAGAAAGCUUGAAAUCGGAGCUGGACAUGUUUGACAUUGCGUAUGAAAGUGAUAUAGUUCUGGAUAAGAUGAUAGAGCAGUGCAUUUGUAACAGAAUACACGCGGAUGAAAUGGUGCUGGAGUGGGUCGCCUACAGCUCCACAAAGAAAGGGCUGAAUCUCACUGUGGAAACACUUGAACGAUUUGAACAUGAGAUCCUGAGCAAAAGAAGCAAAUCAAAACAAAGUUCUAGAAGAGAAGAGACGCUCGGAAGAACCAGGGAUAUUCAUACACUGCAGGAAUUAAUGAAAGUGGAAGAGGAAGAGGACAAUUUGCUUGAUUCCUAUUCUACUCCUGCUAAGGGCUCUCAAAAACGUGCAUUGACAACUCCUGAACAACCUCAGUCUAAAAGAAGUGCUCUGCUUGCCAGUCCAGGUCUUCUGUUGUCUCCUGCCAGCUUCUCUCCCAGCAGUUUAACACCAUCACAAAAGUACAGCCAGCGUGGAGGUAAGGGGGAGGUUGUGGUCUCAUUUGGACUUGUACAAGGCACACGCUGGAUGGGCAGAAGUUCUCCUGGUAUCGGAGUGCAGCUGGAACUGCUGGAAGGGCCAGAAGUCACACUCACAAGCAGCUACAAGUUCAUGUUUCAGAGACUACGGGAUAUUCAUAAUGUGUUGACUGAUAAGAUAGAGGAGCUGGGGGAAAGCCUAAAAUCUCAUUUUCACAUUGACGAAUUCUCUCCAGUUUCUCUUCCUGCCCAGGAUGCUAUAACUGUGCUUGGUCAAAUAUGUUGUGACAGCAAUGGGAAACUAAACGCUCAUUCAGUUUUGCUGGAGGCAGGACCAGAACAAGGAGGUCAACAAAUACCUGUCGACCUGUCAGAGCUUAAAGAGUAUUCUUUGUUUCCUGGUCAGGUUGUUGCAAUGGAUGGAAUGAACACAACAGGAAGAAAACUGGUUGCUUCCAAACUUCAUGAGGGUGUCCCUCUACCAUUUUAUACUCCAGUAAAACUGGAAGUGGAUGAGGAGCCUCUCAAUGUUUUAGUAGCAUGUGGUCCAUUCACUCCAUCUGAUACGUUAACAUACGAUCCUCUACUUGACUUAAUAAAUGUAAUUACAAGGGAUCGUCCGGAUGUUUGCUUACUGCUGGGGCCUUUUGUUGAUUCAAAACAUGAACAAAUUGAGAAAGCCCAAGUGACUGAAACUUUUGAAGCUAUUUUCUCAAGGUGUAUAGAAAGCAUUGUGGAUGGGACUAAAAGUGUUGGCUGUCGUUUGGUUUUUGUGCCCUCCCAAAGAGAUAUCCACCACCCCUUUGUUUACCCACAGCCUCCGUUUACGCUGACAAACUUCAACAAGGAUCACGCUCAGAGAGUGACACUUGUUCCUGAUCCCUGCACUUUGCUGAUUGAUGGUGUAACUUUUGGCUUGACGUCUACUGACAUUCUGUUUCACAUGGGUGCUGAGGAGAUCAGCAGUGGGGCUGGAUCAGAUCGAUUCUCACGCAUACUAAAGCACAUAUUGACCCAGAGAAGCUACUAUCCACUGUACCCUCCUGUGGAGGAGGUGAAUAUGGACUAUGAGAAGUUUCAGAGCUAUGGUCAGAUGCCACUCACCCCUGACGUUCUCAUUAUUCCUUCAGAGCUGCGUUACUUCAUAAAGGAUGUGCUGGGCUGUGUUUGUGUCAAUCCUGGACGUCUAACCAAAGGUCAGGUGGGAGGGACCUAUGGCAGGCUACUCAUUCAGCGCAGUGCCCCAUCUGAGGAAGAAAAACGAGUAAGCCCUUGUUUGGCUGCUCAGGUGGUAAAGAUCUAAAAAAUAUCUUGAACAUUGUUUUUCAAGAAUAAUUUUGAACCACAUGUGGCACAGUCUGGAUCAGUCUUUCAAAUGUGGACCAUGUAAAAUAUGUACAAAUAAACCUCUUAACUCAAAUC